AUGUUUUAUGAUCAUCAGCUGCUCAAGCUCUUUUCCAGUGAGAAAGUGGCAAACCAAAUCUUUGACAGCAUUUGGAUGAUAGAAGAGAGGGACAGCAGCCGACGUGCUAAAAUGAAAACUAAAACUGCAGUGGUUUGCGCUUGUGCCAUCCUCAUGGUUUUUCUUAUAGUUGAAUCUUGGUGUGCUCCAAAGAACAAACUAGUAGCAAGAAAUUGGGGCCCACAAUCAAUGCUAUACCUCAAAGGACGAUAUGGUAGAAGAUAUGCUUCUGAUAGUGAAGAGCAAUAUUACAAGCUUGACCUGGAGGACUUGAAUGCAGUGUUAAAAAGUAAUUUUAAAAAUAUAAUAUAGAAGUAAAUCUGCCAUAAGCAUUUAUACGUCGCUUUUUAAAAUGUUAUCCAGUCAAACA